UCAUCUAAAAACAUUCAUACACAUACAAACACACGAAAAUACAUCCCAAUUCUAAAAAAAUUGUUUUUUCAAUUUUUCUCCUUUGAUUUCUUAAAAGAAGAUCCACAACAACAAGAAUGAAUACAUUCAAGAUAUCAUAUUUCAUUAUGGUGCUCAUAAUGGUCUUAGCCAUUGCUAUAACAUUUAGCGAGCCGCUAACGGUUGAAGCAAAACAUCAACACAAAUAUGGUUGGGGGAUAGCCGCUUCUGCAAGGAACAAAGGUAGGAAACAUUUAGGUGCAACAUUGACAUGUGACAAAAGCUCCAAGGUAUGUCGUCUCAAAGGCAGUCCAGGUCGUAAUUGUUGUCGUAAGAAGUGUGUCGAUUUGAGGACCAACAAAUUGAACUGCGGAAGAUGUGGAAAAAGCUGCCAAUACUCGGAGGUUUGCUGCAACGGAUAUUGUGUAAACCCAAUGUUUGAUAGGAGACAUUGUGGAGGUUGCUUUAAGAAGUGCAAGAAAGGGAGAUCGUGCGCCUAUGGGAUGUGCAGCUAUGCUUAAAGAAAAAAUAUGGGAUAAAGGUCACUAAGGAAAAAUAAUUUUAAUUUAUUGGUUGAAAUUGGAUUACAUUCCCUUUAUAUUACAUACACUUCGGAAUUAAAAGAUAAUAUAGCUAGCUUACAUAACGGUCUAGUACUUGUUCUUAAAGAUAUAUAGGUCUUGUAAAAGUUUGUCAUCACUAUUACAUUGUUAAAUUUAUUUAUAUGCACAUGUCACAUGUAACAAUCCAAUGUAUUAUUAUUGAAUAAAGUUUGAAUUGAUUAGU